GCCGGCGCCAUUUUGCGCGGCCGUCUCGCCCGCCCUCCGCGCCGCUUCCCUCCGGUUCUCCGCGGGCCGCGCUCGUCCGAGACAGCGGGAGCCGAUGCACCCGGGCGUGAAGGUGUUCGUGGGCAACGUGCCCGAGGAGACCUCGCAGGUGGAGCUGCGCGACCUCUUCGAGGCGGCCGAGCCGGGCGAGGUGCUCAAGGUGGCCCUCAUGAAGCAGUUCGCCUUCGUGCACCUGCGCGACGAGGCGGCGGCCGAGCGCGCCAUCCACAAGCUCAACGGGCACCUGCUGCACGGCCACCGCGUCGUCGUCGAGCACUCCCGCCCGCGGCCCACGCACACCGUCAAGAUCUUCGUGGGCAACGUCUCGGCCGCCUGCACCAGCGGCGAGCUGCGCGUCCUCUUCCAGGAGUUCGGGCCCGUCGUCGAGUGCGACAUCGUGAAAGACUAUGCGUUCGUUCACAUGGAGAAAGACGAGGAUGCUAGAGCCGCCAUUGAACACCUUAAUGGAAGGGAAAUCAAAGGCAAAAGAAUUAACGUGGAACUUUCCAAUAAAGCUCAUAAAAGGGGGCCUGCUGGGCACCUUGGCCAGCUUGGCGGUGGAGCUGAAAAGAACAAAAUAUCAACUUUAGAGAAACUCCAGACCAGGAACGAUGGCCUGAGAACCGGUAACCUUGCCUUCCCCAUGGCAACGCCGGCUUAUUCUUCGCUUGACUAUGACUAUCAGCAGCGGCUGAACAGUAACAAUUUAUCCAAAUUUGACUCAAAUGGCCAAGCCAGGCAGAUCUCCCCUUCUCUUUUUGGGCGGGACCGGAGCCCCCUGAGACGCUCGCCCACAAGAGCGGGCUAUGCGCUUCCGAUGACUGCCCAGCAAGCUUCCUACAGAGACCAGCCUGCAGCGUCGCUUGGAAUGGCCUACAGGCCUCAGCCGACCACUGGGCAGGCAGCCAUGUACCGAGCCCAGCCCUCGACCGUGCUCGGAAAUGCAUAUAGAGCCCAGGCCUCUGUGCCCAUGGGGUCUUCCAGUGCCCAGACAGCAGCAGCCUCAGCAAUAACCCCUUACAGCACCCAAGCCUACGGGACGCAGGCUGCUUCUUCCCAAGUUGCCUCUUACGAGGCCCAGCCCACCACGACGUACGCAGCCUCCUACGGGGCCCAGACCGCCGCCACCUACGCAGCCUCCUACGGGGCCCAGACCGCUGCGCUCUCUGCCUCUUACGGAGCCCAGCCGGCAGCCAGCCAGUCGGCCUUGUACAGCGCUCACGCGCUCUCAGCCCAGCCUGCCUCCUAUGGAGUCCAGACCGCUGUUGGCCAUGCUGCUUCCUACGGGGCCCAGGCCUCGUCUGCUCUCCCAGCUGCUUACGGGACGCAGUCCGCAGCAAACCUGGCAGCUGCUUACAGCAUACAGGAUGCCGCGGCUGCAGCUGCCGCGGCUUCCUACAAAACGCAGCUCUCCGCUUCGUUGCCCACGGCCUACAGAGCCCCAGGAGAAGCAGCCUAUGCGGCCCAGCAGUCUGCUGCUGUCCCUGUGGCAGCAGGGUACAGAGCUCAGGCCGCAGCGUACAACGGGCUGGCUCAGUCUGCGCAGCAGGCAGCGUCCUAUCAAGGGAUGUCUCAGGCAGAAGCUGCAGUGCUCCACCCGCUGUACGAGCGCACGCGCCUCUCCCCGCCCCGCGGCAGCCGUGAGGAUCUCUACAGAAAAGCAGCUGCGAUGAACAAGAGGUACAAUUCUGAUCUCUCAGAUGACCGCCGUUUAUCUGACCUCUCUGAUUUCCGCCGUUUAACAGACUCCCCCCAUGCGUACCGCCAUUCGCCAACAAAGGCUCAACUGGAUUAUCGCCGCCUCCCCGAAAUGCAGUCUGAUGCCCGUUAUGCAGGUGCCUAUGGCGAUUACUUGCGUAAUGCACAACUGCAGCUGCAUGCUAGUUACCAGCGCCGCCUGUAGCGGAAUUUCCCCGUCUCUUCUGGGGUGGGACUCUGUUGCUGUGGCAUCCGCCGUCGUAACCCGUAGAGCAUAACUCCAGCUGCUGCGUCCUCGAUGGGCAGUUUGAUUUCAGAAUAUCCUUUUAGUCCUGACAUUUCUUUAUCAUGGAUGCCCCAGGUCACUUUAGCUCUUAUAUUUCUUUUUGUCCUUUCUUAUACCAUGUAAAGGGUGUGCUAUUUACCAUAGUCGGCUAGUGAGUCAUAUAUGCUGUCCGAGACAAACAGUUUUAUAAAAGAGUCUUUGGGGUGAUUGCCUUAACCUUAACAUUAGGGCACUCUGCUCGGCCUCAGGAGCAUUUCACAUUGCUGCAUAUUCAGCCUCUUAAAACCAAAGUUUGGAGUGGGGGUGGCCUCGCAGAGAACAACGUUAGUUUCCGGUUCCUCGGUCUGGCCUUUCUCUAGAUCCCACCAACGAGAAAUAAAACUGUUCUACAUUGUUACCUUCAUUUAAUGUUGAGAGAAUCACCGAGUAACCUUUCCAAAUCAGCUCAGUUGCAUUUAUGUAACACAUCCUUCAUUGAUUUACGCCAGUCUAGACUGUGCAAGUAAACCUUAUGUUAGAAGUGAGUUUAGAUACUUUUUUUUUUUUUUUGGUAUUACUGUAAAUAAAAUGGGCUGAAUGACA